AUGGAGGAAGUCGAGACCAUGCUCAGCAGCAACAGCUGCACAGUCCAAGACAAGCGCUUGUGUCGCUCCUACAUGUUCAUGGGUGGUGCGACCAAGGUGCGUAACCCACAUUGCUCUCGGUGUUUCUCGAAGGAGAAUCAAGACUCGUUCAGUCAGAUAUGUGAACGCAUCAAACGCGUAGAACAAUCUGGACUAUCUACAUUGUUUGACAUCGGAAUGAAGAGCGCCAGAGUUCGAGACAAGGUUGAGGCAGGGGCGAGUGAUGUGCAAUCAUGCGGACCUGACGAGGUGUUGGAUGAAAGCGUAAAUGUCUGCAGGAAACUUUUCUGUCCCAAAAAUAGCACCAUGCAGUGGGGGAAGUGCAUCGAAAACUUGACGGUGAUCAUCGAGGCCAGGAUGCAGCCAUUACCAUUAGGUUCAACAGAGCUGAUUGUCACCUUCCCACAAACCACCGAUAAAGGAUUUGUUGAUUAUUGCCUAAACAUUUCCUACGGACGAAGCGCAAUUUUCGGAUGGGUAGGAAACUUUUCCUACCUCUGUUCAAGUAACCUGGGUAUGCAGGACACUUUGAAGAUCUCCAGCACGGUAAAUGACACAGGGACGUUCAUAGAUGAAAGCCAAGAGUGCUCAACCUGUAACGAGUCGCUGCUGUUUGACCUCGGGUACAAGGAGCUCGUGUCUGUCAAACUCAGAGUCAGGAGCAUUACCAAUAUUGCGAAGGCUUUGAAAGACCUUAAAGAGCAUUUUAAUGCUACCAUAGAGGUCUCUAACCUGUGUUACCAUGGAAACAACAACCAGACCGAGACUUGCCGUGGAGCGCCGAUACGUGUGUACGAGGACGUUCCCACGCGUCUCAUUGGUUCCGUCUUGUACGGAGAGGUGAGGACGAACGACAUCACGCGCUUGUACCCGCUCCACAACGUUAUCUUUGACUUGGUCAUGACCUCAUCCGGCAAGGACAUGCGUCUGCGCAAGAUGCUGGUCUGCGAGGGUCCAGAUGCUGCCAACCUGCUGCGCUGCCAGUUGGGUGUCUACAACCGCAGCGAGGCCAUCCUGCUGAACAAUGGCUCUGUUUGGAUUCAAAACACCGACCUCAUCUACACUCCUAACCAGUACGUCUUCAAUGAUGACACUGUGGUGACCUGCAACCACUUCAGCAGCACCAGCAGCAGGUAUUUUGUCCUUUACGAUGACGACGACGACGUGCUGUUCUACCUGUCCGUGUUCUGUUCAGCUAUGUCCGUGGCCUGUCUGAUCUUGACGCUGGUGUCGUAUGGCCUGUCGAAGGAGCAGCGAGGCAACACCAGUCGGAGAAUGAUGGCUGCCCUGGCCUUGUCCCUCCUGCUCGGUCAUUGCCUUCUCUACGUGCAUCUUCCCAGUCCCGCGACCUGCUUCAUCGUCGCAGCCGUCACGCAUUUCGUCUGGCUGGUGGUGUUCGCCUGGAUGUCCAUCAUCUCGGCCAGCAUGGCACUCACCUUCUUUGCUGCCAGAAGUAGACCUUCCUCGUACGACAGACCAUUCGGGCCGCUCUGCUGCCUGGCUCUCGGUCUACCUGCGGCCAUCGUGAUCACGUGUCUGGCUCUGGAUCUUCUGCAACCGGCCGGCUUCAGCGUUGGAUACGGGAGGAGGACAUGUUGCUGGAUCGGCAGCCCGGAGGCGCUGUUGUAUUUCUUCUACUCUCCCAUUGCCUUGUCAAUGGCCGUGAGCUUUGUCUGCUUCGUCUUGACCCUGUACGGAAUCGAGGUCACAGCUAUGGCGACUACAACGCUGAAGGAACGGCGUCAGAACCGACAGCGGUGUCUGAUCUACAUAAAGGUGUUUCUGACCAUCGGCCUCACCUGGGCGUUUGGAUUCGUGGCGGGGUUGACGAACAGCGCCGUAGUCGGGUACAUAUACACUGUUGCCAACGGGCUGCAAGGGGUCUCGCUCUUCAUCUGCUACACGCUCUCAACCCGGAACCUGACCCACCUGAAGAAGCAACUGUUGGGCUCUUGCAAAUCAUCGCCGUCGUCGUCGGCGUGCAGCUCAACCACCUGCAUGCCCUCUUCAACAAACAUCAUUUGA